CCGACUUGUACCAACCAAAACCCACACUACUACUUGUAUGAUAUGCGAACGCAUGGCGUCGACAUGCUUGUCUCUAGGCAUUCACCCAUCCAUUCAUGCACCUGUCUGUCGGUCUGUCUGUCUGUCUGUCUGUCUACCUAUCACUCAAUCAGUCUACCUAUCUAGCCGUCUAGCUAGCCAUCUAGCCAUCCAGCCAUCCGUAUCCGUCAGUCAGUCAGGAUGUGUGGCUAGCGGCGUCGCCCUCGAAUGGCUGGGCGGCGGGCGGCUGGGCCGUGGUGGUCGCACUGGUCACCAGCGGCUGGAUGCGCACCUUGAAAGCUCCCGCGCGGAUCUUGCGACCGAUCCCGCGACCUUACAAACACACACAUGCACACAAAUCAAUCACCAUCCAUGACCAUGUCGGGGUGUUGUUGGGAGGGUGAGAGUACGCACCUCUGAGUACGAUAGCGAUGCGGGCGAGGACGCUCGGGUCGGCGUCAUUCUGGAUCUGCCAGCGCUCCAGUAUCGCCCCUAACAGUAUCGCUGACGGUUCGUCAGCGACAGACACAGAGGGACGGACGGGCCCAGGCAUGCAUAUGAUAUGAAUGGACAGUGUGCGUGUUUGCAAUGGAUGGACAUGAGCUUACCGACUAGUUUGACGGUCCCCGCUCCGCCGGCCUCGUUCUUGCCAGGAACAUGGUCCAGCAGCAGCAACGUCUCGCGACAAACCAGACGGUCAACUGCGCACACCGAUAAAGAGACAGACAGACAGACAGACAGAUGGGCGGAAAGGCCAUGCGCCCGAGUGUGGGAUUCCUUCCUCACUGGCCGUCGUUGAGAGGUCCGUCCUAACACUAGAAUCCGUAUCCUGAUAGUUGCAGGCGUCAAACGCCCCCAACAAAUCUGACCAUCGGCGCACACACACAUAAAGAUGUACCACUCACAGGCGAUGGACAUUCCCUCCCUCCCCCAAACCACACCCACCGACGCACCUGGCGCGAAGACCUGCAGGACGGUGCGCCAGACCUCGUUCUCGCUCAUCCACAUUGCGGUGUCGAUGGUCUGCAGCCGAUCGGGGGCGAACCCCAGGAUCUGACACACCUGGUGCUGAGGCGUCUCCGACUCGACGGAGAACAGCCACGACCCCGACGAGUCCUCCUGACCCUCACCGUCACCAUCCCCACCACCACCAACACACGGCCCCGCUACCCCUGACGCGGGCGUCUCAGCAUCAUGCUGCUGGCUGCCCUGCCCCUCCCCGUCCAUCUCCUCCUGCUCCUGCUUGAUGGGCACGUCGGGCACAUUGCUGCUGUUGCAGUUGUUCUUGGCUGAGGGCGGCGCGGGUGCGUCGGCGACUAUGGUGGGAGUGCCCCUGUCGGUCUCCCUCUUGAUGCGCACCAGGGGCAGCGGCCCCGGCUCGGCCGAUGACGCCACCGACGCACCGUUGGCCCCCGCCGGCCUGGCGUGUGUGUUGUGGUGCCCUUGUGCGCCGGUGUGUGCAGGGGGACGGGAAUGCUGGUGCUGGUGCUGUGGGUGGUUUGGGUGCAUGCUGUGGCCGCCUGUGUUGCCGUCUCUCUGUUCCAUGUCGUGGUCAGGCGAGCCCAGACCUGUCAGGGUGGGGGGAUGGGGACUACUGCCUGCAGGCAUAUAUAUCAUCAGCAACAACAACAAGACAACACCACCACACACCGUACCGUCCAGUCCACGGAUGUGUGUCUAUCUCGUGCCGCCUAAGAACCAUGUGGCUGGCUCACCAUUGGGCAUUUGAGGAGGGGGCGAUGUGCCCGCCAGGCCGUUGGGCUGCUGCUGGUGGUGGUGGUGGUGGUGAUGAAGCUGGCCCGGCACAAACGGAGGUGGACCCACAGAGGCCUGAGAAAACAAACAGCAGCGGCCAACCAACAAUACGCUUAAGCUACCUCCCUCUCAAUGAAUGACGACACGCACCAGACUUGUUGUGUAGGUAGGUAGGUACCUGUUGCAUGUUGUGCUGUUGCUGGUCCUGCACCUGCAUCUGCAUUUGCAUGCCAUGGUCCACCUCCAUGCCCCCACCUCCGCCGCCAUAGCCGUACCCGCCACCCAUCCCCAUCCCAGCUCCCAUCGAGUCACCCCCACCAGCACCACCACCAGCGCCAGAACUGACACCCAGACUACCAAACGGGCCAUUCGCAAACACCGGAAACCCGCCACCGCCGCCGUUGUUGCCGCCCAUCGGCAACGAGUCGACGGCCAUGUCGUUGGCAGCGUUGGCAUUGCUGUGGGCGUUGGGCGUGUGUGGGUGUGGGGCGCACUGGGGGUUCAUGAGGGGUCGCUUGCGUGUGGUGGGCUGGUGGACGGCCGGGGGAGGGCCGGAUGGCACGAGCUGGGACGGCCGGGCGGCCUCGGGCACACAAACGCGGUCGAGCAGACUGGGACGCUCUGAUAGACAGACAGAGAGACAGAGAGUUGAGAGAAGAACCAAUCACGUCCCCCACAUUCACUCGGCCCAUCUAAUCCCUCCCUCCCUGCCCUGCCUUACACACCGCUUGUGGAUACAACAUCCUCGAUGCGUCUGUGCAUGUCAGCCAGGCGUCUGUGCAUGUCCCCCAGCCGGUUGUCGAUCUGUCUUUCCUCCUCCCUCGCCCGCACCUCCGUGUCCUCCCGCAUCUGUCUCAUGUCCGCCUGCAGCGCGUUGACGUCCGCCUGCAGCGUAUUGACGCUCUGCGCCAUGCUGGUGAGCAUCGUCUCGACGUCCUCGAGACGCGUGAGCACCGGGCCGAUCUGCUUGACCAGCGGCUCCAUCUCACCCAUGCGCUCCGUCAGAUCGUCCAGCACCCGGAUCGUGGGCAUGUGGUAACGCUCCAGGAACUCCUGCACCGUCGUCGGCGACGCGUACCACCCACCACCACCCCCACCGCUGCGCACACCGUUCGCCUGUGUCUGCUGUGGCGCCGUGCUGCUCAUGCGCUCUUGGUGCUGCUGCUGUUGGUCGGCGAAUCGGUUGUACUGUGGCUCACGGGUGAAGUAGCCGCCGCCCUGUGUCUGCCCGUUGCCGCCUGACUCGUUGCUGCGUGGCUCCAUCCAUGGCUGCUGGUGCGAUGAGGCGGGGAAGCCCGACUGGUGGCGGUGGUACUGCUGCUGCUGCUGGCCGCUGUGGUUGGGAUGUGACUGCGGGGAGCCGGUGUUGAGCUCGCCACUGCCGUGCCCUGGCGGCAUCAUGUUGGGGCGCCGGUCGUUGCUCGACGCAGGCGACUUCCAGCCGGUGCCCCUGUCGUGCUGCUGGUGCUGCUUGAGCAAAGCGUGCGGCAGCAAGCCGCUGCCGCCACACAUCAAACGGCCGCUGGUGUUGGCGGGCGGCGCACUGGAGGAGCCGUUGACGUAUGUGUCGUGCUGUGCUCUGCCGCCCAUUUGGUAGUGGUUGGGGGUGGUGGGCUGCGAGUGGUGGCCGAAGCCAGGCCCGGAUGAGGCCGGGUCGCCCAUCGAGCCGCGGUGGCCAUGGGACGGGCGCACCUGAUACGGCUGAUUCAUCGGACAACUCAUUCAGUCCACUACUGCAGACAGCUGGGCGUGAGCCGGGUGCUGACGUGACGCGAGAGGGGGACGGACAAGGCUGAAACUCGGAGAUCUGCCGUCAGUGAGGCCUCACCACGCCUCCGCCGCCCUCUAUGCUUCAACGGCGAGUCCGGGGAGGCUGAUCAGCACGCACUUGUCGGGAAGAACCGUCAUCCACGAUGCAUUCACCGUGCGUCCAUCUCAGACAGCCGAGGACGUACGUGCCAAACCAAGCUACAGGUUUCAAGAGGCUGGGAAAAC